AUGGCAUCGGGAUUUAUAAAUCUGACAAGAAAAAAGCUAGCUGGAAAUCAUAUAUAUUUAGGAAAAUGGCACGACUUUAACCAAUGGAAAUAUAUUGCACCAACAAAUCUAUUAGAUAUUAUAAAACCAGUAGAAAAAUCGAAGGUGAUAAGUCCUACUUCUCAUAAUGAUCAAGGAGACAUAUUUAGUUAUUUAAAUAGUACAUAUCAUGGAAAAAUUAUAACAGUUGAUGAUUUAAAUUCAAAUAAUUCAAAAACAAAUAAAAUUAGAGGAAGUGCUUUUCAUGGUCCUGAAAGAACAGAUGUCUUUCGAUUAAUAUUAUAUAACAGGUUAAAACAGAAACAACCACAAAGAAUUGUACCAGAUAUUGAACAUAUGAAAGAUGCAAACAAAGUAGAAGUAUCAAUUGUUUGGUUUCUAUGGUCAUUUGUUUUGUUCUACUGUACUAUGUGUAUAUAUGGAAGUAAUUAUAUAAUCAAAAAUAAAUCCAAUUCUUUUCCUUGGAUGCCUAAAAGAACAGAUGGUUCGAAGGGAGAAGGACCCAUGUUUUGGUUUCUUGAGUAG